AUGUCGGCAACCAUCGAGGCGCAGGUUUUCAUCAACUACUUCGGAAAGCACGUUUCCACUUUGUGCGAGAUCCCUGGACAAACGGUGUAUCCGAUUAAGGAAAUCUUUGCCGAUGAUCUUCUUAAAGAAUUCAUUACACCUUCUGUGGCCUCGAGCACAGCUGCUAGUGCAGGCAACGACCACCUCCAGGACCAGCAAUAUUAAGGCGACCGCGGACGCAUUCUAGACAGCAAUAUGGCUAUUUAUGUCCGAAGACGAAAAGCAAAGCCAAGGAUGCUCUCUAGGAUGCGAAGGUGAUAGAUCUAACAUGACCACGGCGCGGCAGGAGGCAACUACGACCAUGCACGACUAGAUCGGAACAAUUUUCAUUUUGCACAAAAUCAAAGCUUUGGAUCCAGAAGUACCACAGCAGCUACUGGCUUCGCAGGGCAGAGAGCGUUACGGAUUAUAUUAUUACAUCAUCGUCGUUCUCCGUUAAUGUAGAAGUUCCCUCGUCCACCUCAGUCUUAUAUCAAUAUGUCUUAUCAUUUGAUGAUCACUAUAGACACCCUCGACUACAACCGUUCUGCUAAUUAUUGGUUAUCCCUCUGAGAAAUGGGAAGACAGCAAAAGCGGUGUUUCAGAAAAUCGUAAUGAUCGUGUUGCUUCAUCUACUUCUAAUAAGAAAUGGCCCCUCAUCUUCUACCUCCUCUUCGUCAUCGUAUCUGACGCCUCUCUCCAAGGAGUUACGCAAUAUUCCGCGGGUCGCCAUUGAGAGUGGAGCUUUCUCGAUAGAGAAAUUUGAUGCAGGGUUGAUUGUGCGAACAAUCGAGUACAUAGCACGGGAGGUGGAACGCGGGGAGUACGUUGGGGCUAUCCUCAUCUUCGUGCCAGGUUGGAGGGAGAUUCUCGAUGUG